CCAAAUCUUCCAGGAGUCUGCGGCCUCUCCUCCCCCCCGCCCCCACACCCCUGCCUUCCCCGCCUGGACUAAGAGUCCUCAAAUCAACCUGAUGAGGGCUAAGGCUUUUUCUCGACACAACAUCAAGGCCAAGGCUUCCCCUGGCCCCGGGCCUCCUGAUUCCUCCCUCAGCUCUGAUUCCCCUCGCCAUUAGCUUUGAACUCCUUCCUUAGCCCCUUCCCUUUCUCCCACGAUUUCCGAGCUCCUCCUUCACCAGCCUCCAUCAGCAGCUCUCAGCCUCCCCCUCAUCCCUAGUCAGCAGCUGCCCUGAACCUCCUCACCUCACCCCAGCAGCUGCCCUGAACCUCCUCACCCCUAUCAGCAGCUGUCAGCCUCCUCACCUCACCCCAGCAGCUGCCCUGAACCUCCUCACCCCCCAUCAGCAAGUCCCCUCCAUUCUCCCAUGAGCAGCUCUCAGCCUCCCCCUCAUCCCUAGUCAGCAGCUGCCCUGAACCUCCUCACCCCUAUCAGCAGCUGUCAGCCUCCUCACCUCACCCCAGCAGCUGCCCUGAACCUCCUCACCCCUAUCAGCAGCUGUCAGCCUCCUCACCUCACCCCAGCAGCUGCCCUGAACCUCCUCACCCCUAUCAGCAGCUGUCAGCCUCCUCACCUCACCCCAGCAGCUGCCCUGAACCUCCUCACCCCUAUCAGCAGCUGUCAGCCUCCUCACCUCACCCCAGCAGCUGCCCUGAACCUCCUCACCCCCCAUCAGCAAGUCCCCUCCAUUCUCCCAUGAGCAGCUUUCGGCCCCCUUUCACCCCACCCUCUCCCCACCAAUAGCUCUGAGCCACCUCACUAUUGGCUUAGAACUCUCCUUAACCUCCUCUCUUCUUUGCAUCACUUCUGACCUCCCUCUUCCCCCAUUAGCUCUGGGCCCCCUCUUCUCUUCAGCUCCAACUCAGCUUUCCCCCCAGUCCUUAUUGACUAAACCUGUGAACCCCAGUCUUCUGCCCUGGGCCCCAUUCUCUUUUCCCCUCUCUGGCUCAGAACCCCUUCCUCAUCCUCGACAUCGGCUCAUCUGCGCCUUUGAGCCAGUCCUUUCUCUAGCCUUAACCCCUGAGCCCACCUUUUACCUCUGAGCCCUAUUUUCACCGCUCUUCUCCCUGCUCCAAGUUCAGGUCCUCCAGCCUUCUGAUUUACAAAUUGUCCCUACCGUAGCUCUGAGCUUUAUGUCUCCCUCCCUCUUGCUCAGACUAGCCUUUCCCACCCCAGUUCCUGCACCCAGUUGUUCCCUUUCAACAUUAGCUAUUCUUCAAGUUUCUUUUGCUCCUAUUGGUACCUGGCCCUGCUCUGCUGGGGCAGAGACACAGAAGAUCAGGGUUGCUCCGUUCAAAGGAGGUAUUGAGCUGGAGUAGACGAGACUGGCUUCCUGGCGGUGACAUACAUUCAGAUCCCAGUAAAGGGCCCUGCUGGAGAGAUGAUAUCACUUAAUAAGACCCCGGUGACGUUCAAGGAUGUGACUGUGGAUUUCACUGAGGAGGAAUGGAGACAACUGAACCCUACUCAGAAGCAGCUGUACAGAGAUGUGAUGCUAGAGAAUUACAGAAAUCUACUUUUUCUAGGGCUUCCAGUUUUCAAACCAGUAAGCUCUUGUUUAGAGCGAGGGGAAGAACCAUGGACAGUGGAGAGAAAAGUCCCAGGAAGCCCCCGAGCAGAUUGGGAGAUUAAUUCUGAAGCCAAGCAAUCUGCUCUAAAACAAGACAUACUUGUGGAAGAGUUGUCCCUGCAAAGUCUCACAAGGAUUAGUCCCCAGGGCCAUGGGUUGGGUGAUACCUGGGAAUAUGAUGUCAAGUUUGAGGGACAGCAAGACAACCAAGAGAGAGAUUCUAUGCAAGUAACAGUUGCCCAAAGGAACAUUCCUAAUAAGCUGAAGGGCCAUGAAUGUAAUAAAUUUGGAAGAAGCUUCAAUCUUGGGUCAAUCCUUGUUCCACCACAGAAAAUUCCCAUGAAAAAGAGUCUGCGUAAAUAUAAUAUAUAUGGAAGAAACCUCAAACAGUAUUCCAGCAUGAUGAAAUAUAGUAGAAUGUCCUCAGAGCCUUGUAAGGGGAAUGAAUCAAGCAAAGCCUUCUAUUACUAUUCAGACUUUCAAUAUCAUCGAGUACUUACUGGGAAAAAGACUUAUAAAUAUCAUGAAAGUGGGAAGUCUUUUAGGCAGAACACAUAUAUUACUCAGAAUCAGAGAAUUAGUUCUGCACAAAAGUCCCAUAAAUAUAAUGAACCUGGUCAGUUCUUUACCCACAACUCAUCCUUUACUAAACAUCUGAAAGUCCAUAUUGGAGAGAAACCUUAUAAAUGUAAUGACUGUGGGAAAAUCUUUGGCUAUAUUUCAUCCCUUAUUAAUCAUCAGAGGAUACAUACUGAAGAGAAGCCCUAUGCAUGUAAUUCAUGUGGAAAGUCCUUCAGAGACAGGUCAUACCUUACUCAACACCAGAGAAUUCACACUGGAGAGAAACCCUAUAAGUGUAAUGACUGUGGGAAAGUUUUUAUCAGAGGUACACACCUCACCCGACACCAGAGAAUUCACACUGGAGAGAAACCCUAUCAUUGUAAUGAAUGUGGAAAAGCCUUCAAUCAGAGCACACACCUAAUUCAGCAUCAGAGAAUUCACACUGGGGAGAAACCCUAUAAAUGUAAUGUAUGUGGAAAAGCCUUCAGCCAGAGCACAUAUGUUAUUCAACAUCAGAGGCGGCACACUGGAGAGUAUCCCCAUAAGUGUGGUGAAUGUGGGAAAACCUUCAGCCAAAGGUCAUCUCUUAUUGAACAUCAGAGAAUCCAUACUGGAGAGAAGCCCUGCAUAUGUAAUGAAUGUGGGAGAGCCUUUAGGAGUUACCCAUCUCUUACUAAACAUCAAAGAAUUCAUACUGGAGAAAAACCCUAUUUGUGUAAUGAAUGUGGGAAAGCCUUUAGCCGUAGUGCUUAUCUUACUCAACAUCAAAGAAUCCAUACCGGAGAAAAGCCUUUUAAUUGUAUUGAAUGUGGGAAAAGUUUCAUCCGGAGUGCACACCUCAUUGAACACAAAAGAAUUCAUACUGGAGAGAAACCCUACGAAUGCAGUGAAUGUGGAAAGGCCUUUAGCAACCGCUCAUCUGUUACCAAACAUCAAAAAAUUCACACUCAAGCAAAACACUAUGAAUGCAGUGAGUGUGGCAAUAGCUUUAUUAAGAAAUCAUUACUUCUUCAACAUCGGAAAAUCCAUAUUGAAAAGAAACUAUAAAAUAUCUAUGGGAAAGCUUGAACCUCACAAUGAUUAGCUCUAUAUAGUCAGUAGAAUAUUCACACUAGUGGAAAACCUCACGAAUAAAAUGAAUAUUGGACAGCCUUCAGAUGCAGAUAUAAUUUGGGACUUUGCAGUAGAAAAUAAUUAUGAGAUUCAAAAAAAUCCGUUAUCUCAUUGAUGUGGGUACACUUUCUUCCCAAUGUAGAUGCUAUUCUCUCCUUAUCUUGGUAGACAGUUUGUGUAGUAGAAAGAACCCUGGAUAUUUAUAGUCAGAAUAUCUGGCUUCAAAUCCCAGUUCUGCUAUUUUCUUCUUUCGUGAUUUCAGGAAAUCCUUUCCUCUUUCUGGGCCUCAGUUUUCCCACAUAAGGGGGUUGGACUUGAUGAACUCUUAAGAUUCCCCUGAAGGUCUAAAUUCUAUGAUCCUGUGAGUUGGAGUGGCCAAAAUCAGAUUGUUACUUGGUGGCAGCCUUCUGGUAAUGAACCUCCUUACACUUAAGUAGGCUGGUCCUUGGAUUGUAGACUCAACUUGGAUCACAUCAUUGGUCCCAUACUGGAAGGAGUUCCAACUUAGUAGGACCUGCCAGAGCUUGUGUUCCAUUGGCAGACCUGACCAGGGUGACAUCUACAUCAUACUGAGUCAUCAGAGUAGAGUGUUAACAGAAUGAUGCAAGUAGUAUUGUCCUCAUAUUUUGGAAAGGGGAUGGGAGGAAGUGGAAUGGUAAUAAUACUCAGAGCAACUUCA